UGGCCCUAAUAGGGGAAGCCGGGUGACCGCGCGACCCGUGAGAAAUGCUGGGGCGCGUGGCCCUGGUAUGGGCGCACCCAGCGUCCGGGGCGCAGGUUCUCUCAGCCCAGCUUCUCCUCCCACUCACUUGCUCGGAUCUCCUCCCUCCUUCACAUCCCCCGCCCCCGGGACCGCGAGGCUCCCUCCCCGCACCGGCCAGUGAGUACACAAAGCCGCGGGUGAGGGGAAGCUUCGCAGGCGUGCACGGAGCAGUGAGAUCACUGGCGUUAUAAAUAUCCCGGUGCCAGCGCGGAGAUCCGCUCGGGUGGCCUCUCUCUCCCCUUCUCCCCUUCUCUUCCCAGAGGCUAUGUCCACCCAGUGCGGCGAGGCGAGCAGCGCCAGAGGCACGCAGCCGCAGAGGGGCCACAGAGCCCAGAAUCAGCCCUGCAAGAUGCACUUAGGACCCCCGCGGCUGGAAGAAUGAGCUUGUCCUUCCUCCUCCUCCUCUUCUUCAGCCACCUGAUCCUCAACGCCUGGGCUCACGGGGAGAAGCGUCUCGUCCCCAAAGGGCAACUCGGACCCGCUGCCACUGAUAGGAACCCUAGAGGCUCUAGCAGCAGACAGAGCAGCAGUAGCGCUAUGUCUUCCUCUUCUGCCUCCUCCUCCCCCGCAGCUUCUCUGGGCAGCCAAGGAAGUGGCUUGGAGCAGAGCAGUUUCCAGUGGAGCCCCUCGGGGCGCCGGACCGGCAGCCUCUACUGCAGAGUAGGCAUCGGUUUCCAUCUGCAGAUCUACCCGGAUGGCAAAGUCAACGGCUCCCACGAAGCCAAUAUGUUAAGUAUUUUGGAAAUAUUUGCUGUGUCUCAGGGGAUUGUAGGAAUACGAGGAGUUUUCAGCAACAAAUUUUUAGCGAUGUCAAAAAAAGGAAAACUCCAUGCAAGUGCCAAGUUCACAGAUGACUGCAAGUUCAGGGAGCGUUUUCAAGAAAACAGCUAUAAUACCUAUGCCUCAGCAAUACAUAGAACUGAAAAAACAGGGCGGGAGUGGUAUGUGGCCCUGAAUAAAAGAGGAAAAGCCAAACGAGGGUGCAGCCCCCGGGUUAAACCCCAGCACAUCUCUACCCAUUUUCUCCCAAGAUUCAAGCAGUCGGAGCAGCCAGAACUUUCUUUCACGGUUACUGUUCCUGAAAAGAAAAAGCCACCUAGCCCUAUCAAGCCAAAGGUUCCCCUUUCUGCACCUCGGAAAAAUACCAACACAGUGAAAUACAGACUCAAGUUUCGCUUUGGAUAAUAUUCCUCUUGGCCUUGUGAGAACGAUUCUUUCCCCUCAGGAGUUUCUAUAGGUGUCUUCAGAGUUCUGAAGGAAAAUUUUUGGACACAGCUUCAGCUAUACUACCCUGUAUUGAAGUCACGUCAUUUGUUUCAGUGUGACUGAAACAAAAUGUUUUUUGAUAGGAAGGAAACUGGAAUUCUUUGUACUAAUACAGGGAGCACACUGCUUCAGGUCAGCAAGACAUAAAGCCUUUUGCUUUAUGCUUGAGGGAUAUUUAGAACUUUGUAUUUUCGGAAAGUUAAAUAACAUGGACUAUGUAUUUUUCUGACUUUUACAGAUCAACCUGAAAGAACAUACAUGGUACAUUUUUAUUUUUGGUUUCCAAAGAAUAUUUUGAUGCGGAUAAAAUAUUUUGUUAACUUUUGUUUUUUUGUUUGUUUUCUUAAAAGUACCUCUGCAUUGAGCAUAUUUUCUUACUUUUAUUAUUUUAAUUAAUAUGACAUAAGCAAUCAUUUUAUGCUGUUUAUUAAUUAUAAAUGUGUUUAUAUCUCAUUUGUAAUGUGGAAAUCUUUUAAAUUUUUUCUAUUCACUGCACUUUUUUAUUGUUUUUAUUUCUAGCCUUACCUCAGAUAAUAUGUUUAGUUUUACAUUUUAAAAUGUUUAAAUUCUCUUUCACAGCACCAAAGGCUCAGCUUGGAUUUGUAUGUAUGUGUAUGUAAAUUCAUGACUUUAUGUGGAAUCCUACACCUUUGGUGGCUGGGAUAUGAUGGGUUAUAAGCAAGGAAAAAAUAUAAGGACUUUUUAAUAGAAUUAAAUGUGGGAGGUAAGGAAAAGGAUUUAGAGGUAAACGUACACUAAGUUUACAACAUUGAUUGAGAUCUAAGUCUGUCUUGCCUUCAUUUCUCUUUUUAUCCCCCCCUUGCCCUCAUUCUUGAACAGCUGGAGGAAUACAUUUUAUUCUGUCUGUGAAGCAUACACUAUGAGAUUGGAGUGCUUAAAAAUACUUCUAUGAUUCUCUGCUGUCCCACUGUGUAGAUCCACAGGGAGCAAACACUUAGAAACGAUAGAGAACUGAAGGAGAUGAAUGGUUUAACAGUUAUCCAUGCCAAGUCCCGUUGUCAGAAAUAUUCUUAUUACUCAGGCAAACACUCUUUGAGCUUCCCUUCCUAAAGGUAACCAUUUCAGUGAAUAGAUGUGCACUUUUAUAAGGAAACUUCUGAUGUUUAUUUAAAAAACUGGCCUUUUGAUAGAGGUAAAUUAAUCUGGGAAUUCAAUGUGUUGAAAGUGGCAUUUAAUUUCACCUUAAAUACUGACUGCUGGACAUAAAUCACAGAAAAUUUAACUUAAGAAAAUUUACAAAAUCUAUUAUCAGGUAAUCAUUUUAAUAAAGUUCUGCAAAAUACAAGUGUUUACAUUACAUUCCGAAAUGUGGCAAAAAAGAUACAGCUAAUGGUUAAAAGUAUGACUUUUGUAGUAAGAGAAGAGUUCAUAGAAAUUUCAUGGUUUGCAUUUAAACAUGUUUAAAGUAUACUUAUAAACUAUUUUUUCCUUAAAGCAAACUAUGAUUUAUUUUGGUGCAAAUACAAAAUGGAAACUUGUCAAAAUUGAGCUAGCUACCAUAUAAGCAGAUUGCUUUAAUUUGAUGGGAAAACAGUACACACAUAUAUAUAACAAAUAAUAUAUCUAAAAACCCAUCCAUCAACUAAAACAUUAUACGUAUACAUUAGUAUAGUGUUUUAUUAUAAAGCCAAUUAUCUGAUUAAACAUUCUUUCCACUUAAUGCAUAAUUUUUAAAUAGCAUAAAAUGAAAUGCUACAAAAAAUUGAACUAAUUUAUACUUUAAAGUAUUUCUGGGUUAAAUGGAACAAUGAAAUGUUUUAAACAAAGAUAUGCCCAACUCUUAUUCAAAUGGCAUAUCACCGUGUUUACACAGUAUAAAGCUAAAAAUAUUACUCUAGUUUAUUCUAAUCUAUUGUUAAGUAUUGUACGCCGUAUACCAAGUUCUUAGGGCACAUGAAAAAUUUCAGUUGCCAAACAGAAACUAGUAAACAUAUGUUCCUAAUUAGUGAACGGAAAGAUAAUAAUGAUGGUCAACAACAGGCCACGUUAAUGAAUAAGUUGUAUAGGCUAAAUGUUGCUUGUAGGCUACAUUAAACUCAAAUGUAAUAGUUUAUCUUAUACUACUGGUUUGAUUUGAUUAGCAUAUGAACAUGAAAGUAGGAUAACUACCAAAUAUAUAUUAUGCAAGUCAGGAAUCAUUAAUUUCAAAAUUUAAAGCCAUGCUAAAAUUAAAAAGAAAAUAUUAAAUUACACAAUUACACUUCUCUUCACUGGCCAUACACAAUGAUUUUUUUUUUUUUUUUUUUUUUUUUUUUGAGACAGUCUUGCUCUGUCACCAGGCUGGAGUGCAGUGGCAUGAUCUCGGCUCACUGCAACCUCCGACUCCCUGGUUCAAGCGAUUCUCCUGCCUCACCCUCCCAAGUAGCUAGGAUUACAGGUGCGUGCCACCACGCCAGUUCAUUUUGUAUUUUUAAUAGAGACGAGGUUUCACCAUGUUGACCAGGAUGGUCUCAAUCCUGGCCUCUUGAUAGUCCUGACCUCAUAAUCCAUCUGCCUCAGCCUCCCCAAAUUGCUGGGAUUACAGGUACAACGAUGCUUAAUGAAUGCUUAGUGAAGCAUAAAGUUACCUACAUCAAUUAAUUAAAUGAACCUAUGUACAGAAAACGUGUAUAAAUAUAAGUCCAUACUAAUGCUUACAACUUUCUAAGAGGGUUCUUGCUUACAUAGCUUUUUAUUAUUUUAAGUAACCAGAACUACCAAAUACCAAAAUUAUUUGAUUAUGGUUAUGUUCAUCUAAACACAACAAUAAAUUUUGUAUUAUUAUUUAGGAGUCUAUUUUGCUUAUAGGUAACAAACAUCUCCAGACUAACAUGUCAGUUUUAUCAAUUAUAUUAUGUUUAAAUAUUUAAGAUUUAUUUAUAUGGAACAUCUAUAGAGAUAAAUAGAGGUUUUCAAUAAGAUGUAGUAACACUGUGAUUUUUCUGUCACAGAGUCUCUCUUCACUUCCUUCUAAAGAGACUAAUUUGAGAGUAUAGGUGUAUAUUAAUUUUCUUGAUUCUUUCAGCUGAAUUACACUGGUCCAGAAGUUCAAAAUCAUGUGACAACGAUAAGAGAUACUGACAGAAGUCAUUUCCAAGUUUGUACAUAUAUUUAAAAAAUUACAUAUAUAAAACUGAGACUUUUAUUUCUGUUAUUUUAAAGCUUUUAUUUCUUGUAGCUAAAAAUAAAACAUAAAUCUGGUAGGUAAAUUUCUUAUGAAAUCGAUCUUGAAAUAGAAAAUGUACUGAUUUUCUUACCAUUAACAUUUUUUACCCUUCCAAAGAAGGGAGGGAAUAAAUCAUGACUUAUUCCAUUUUCAAUAACAAAAUGAAACUAUGGCACUAACCAAAAACUUGCAUUCUGGCAUCAUUUUUACAGUUGCAGAGAAUUGUUUCUGGGCUCAUUAAAAAUAUAUGAUUCCAUUGCCGCAAUGGAAAGCAAACAAUAACUUCUUAAAGGAGUUCUACACCUCCUUUAAGAUUUAUUUCAUUGCUACCUCUAAAUUCUGAUAAUUUAAAAUCCAUUUUAAGGUGACAAAAUUUUUAAAAAUUUUGGAGGAAACCUCUGGAUAAAUGGACAAGGCCUUUUUUUUUUUUUUUUUUUGUAGUCAAUCCAAAUGUACUGGCCAAGCCAACUUUUGAAAUAAGAUUAUAUGAUUAGGUAUUAGCAGAGACAAAGAGUUACUGCCUCCAUCUUACUCUGCCCUAUUUGAAAGUCUCAGGGGAGAGAAGGGAACAAGAUGCGGACCUAACCUGAGUAGAGUCAGGUGAGGCAUCUUUACAUCUAAGAAUUUGUAUGACAUUGAAUCAGUCAACUGGGCUACACAUCAUCAAUCAGUAUUUCAGCAAUUUUAUGCAAUAAAAAUAACAUUAGAUUAUAAACCAAGAACUCUCAUUUAUGUUUUAGUUUAUUAAAUGGUUUUUGUCUUUAUUCAGACAUGAAUCACAUCACUCUCUAGCACCUGUUUUGUCCUUCACCAUUUGAUCUCUAACAUGAUUUCUAGCUUUAUUACCAGUGAUUGUAGGAGUCUUACGAUGUUGAAAGUUCUAUGAGGUCAUAAAAAGGGACAUGUUCCCUUCUGUAAUGAAACCAAAUUUAAAUUUAUGUCCAGAUGAAACUGGACAACCACUUGAGAAAAAAAAGCUGUCAAUGAAGUUAUAAAUAUAGAUCUUUUAAAAAUAUCUUUUCUUAGUUUAAAAAAAAAUGCCACUGAGUAAGUGUGUGAGAUUUGAUCAAGACAUUUACAAAGCUGGGAUCGAUUUUGGGCUUAGCAUUUUAUGAAGGAUGUAAAAAAUUUGAAUUAACCUGGAGGGGGAAUGGUCAGACUGGUAUCAUUGUUGAUAAUAAAUAGCUCUACUUAAUUAAACAUGCAAUUUUAAAAACACUUCUUUUGUGAUUAAAGUUCUCCAUUCACCAUGAAGCCUUCUAGAAAUUCUUGAAGAAAUAUGAGUAAUUUCUUCUUGACAUCACGCCUCCAAAUAAGGAUAGCUCAGGACACAAUUUUCUGUCACCAUUCCCUUACUUUCCCCAAAAUUCAGGAAGUGAUUUCUGAGAUCCCUCCUUGCACAAGGCACUGAGCUAGUAAGACAUUCUUGGACUUGCUCAGUGCUUGUUUAGUAGUUCUUUGUGGAUAUUUACAUCAACGUACUAUCAUAUUUUGAACUUCUGGAGAAAAUAUACCUGCCCUCAUUGCAUAUUUCCCACGCUAAAAUCAGGCUAAUAAAAUUAACUUAAUAAAUGCUCUUAGUGAAAAGCAAAUUUGAAUGAUGUGUUCCUCUGGCUUAAACACUUUGUAGAGGCUAUUGGAUAUUCUAGUUAUUCACCAAACUUACUGUAUAAUUAUAGAUUCCUGGCAUAUGUUAGUUGCUCAGAAAUGCUUUUAGGAUGUAUACAGGUGCUGAAUAAGUUUUAUCGGACAAAAAUGAUGAUGACAGGUAAGAUAAUUUCAUGUUAAAUAUGAAAUAUAUCCUACAAUAAGAGUAAGAACAUCCGCUGCCCCUCCUACUGUACUUGAAGUUCUCAAACAUACAUUUUUAGACCAAACUAAAUAUAUCAGGCACUUGCAGCUGCAUUUAAUUAUCAAUACAUGUCAUCACAUGACACUUCAAUUUCACUGGCAAUCAUAAAAAUAGGUUACUAUGCAAAUCCCAAUGCUUUUGCUAUUUGUAGGCCAAACAAGCAGUCUGGUAGGAUGCCAGUAGGUAUCAGUGGGAGAAUAAAGGCAUUUCUUUUUGGUAAUUUAUUUCUAGAUGUGUUUGUCCCUUUCCCUAGAUAAACUCUCUCAGAGAAGACUGACAUUUUUCUGUACCCUACAGAGAGAUUAGUGAAUGCAUAAUCACACAGUGACAGGUCCGGCUCUAAUGUGUUUCUCAUUAAAUUCUCUGUCGUUCCCUCUGCGGGAAACUGGACAAUUUAUCAGAUUUUCAUACAGGGAGGUGAAUUUCUGCUGAGGAGGCAACACAAUGUCUUUUACUCUCCGGAGUGCAAUUAUGGCUGAGCUUCCCCGACAGUACUCCAUUUUAUGAUAGGGUUGUCGUUGUAGGAUGUAUGCAUUCUACAACUCGUUUCUAUAUUCUGACACCGGUUACAUAUUUACACUUUUUAAAGUUAGCUAGUUUUCCUACAUUCGCCUUAAUACAGAAUGUCUGAGAUUAAGCAUACCUAUAUACUAGAAUAUUAAUUGUACAAGGAGAAUAUAGAAAGACUUCUCUAACAGUCACCAUCUUAAUGGAGCAUGUGAGAGAAUGAGUUUCAAUUUUGGAAACAGAAAAGAGUGUAAAAGCAUGUGUUCUCAGUCAA